AGAGGAUUGCCACAGUUAUACACCUGCGCUUAUCUUUGGCAAUCUGGAUAGCACUUUAUAACAACAAUAUACUAUUGUAACUAUCAGUGGAUACUGUGUAACAGGUAUGCACAGGUGUAGGAAGGUUUGGUCACAUCGUCUGAAGUGAAGCAGCGACUAUUUUACAACCGCUUAAUUUUCAAGCCACAGGAAGUCACUAUGUGGAAGCUCAUAUGGACCAGCAUCCUGUGUUGUUUAGGCUGUAUUUUUGCAAUAGGCCAGCUGGAUAUUUCUGCAGGGGAAGUUGACUGGAUUCCCAUGCUUGAAAAUCCAGAUAAGCGCUCACAAAGAUUGUUUCAAAUGUGUGUGGGAAAGCCUGGAGACCAUGGACUCUUGCCGAGGCAUAAGCGUAAUGUUUUUCUGUCCAGUAGAGUACACCACUGCAGUCAAGAAACAGUGCAGCAAACUGUCACUAACUACCUCAAAUACUACCAGCUCAGAGUGUGUCAGGAAAUCGUGUGGGAGGCUUUCAAAAUCUUCUUGGAUCGCCUCCCCAAUCAAGAAGAAUACAAGAGCUGGAUGAGCCAGUGCCAGACAGAAAGAGUCUCCAUACAGGAGAUUGGCGCUGCCUUUAGCCAAUCAGAAGAACACUUAGCACUUAUCCAUAGAAGACUUGCGCAGACGAGACUGAAAAGUAAGACACCUACAUACUCAGGAUGCAGUCCUGAGGAGUCUUCCCAAGAGCAAGACCGUGUGCCACCAGGUGAUGAGCUUCCAGCAGAGACCACUGUGGUGGUUACCACGGUGGUUCUAGAUGAAGUUAUCUCAGAGAGCGUGAAAGAAGUUACUGCUGAAGCACCAUCUGCUGUCAUGAUAAUGGAGAUGGAUACUGAGAUCACUAAUGAGAUUGAGCAGGAAGCAGCUGCUUCACCUUCAGGUUCUCUGGUUGAGCAGUGGGUGGAGUUGGCUAUGUUAUUGACUGGAGAACCAUGGAGUGAAGAGCUGUUCAACUCCACCAGCAGUAAACAUGACCGACUCAGUCAGAAGAUCACAGAGAAGAUUUCAGCUGCUUUGGAGGAACUGACAGAAUUCAAGAGUGUAUCAGUAUUGAACAUCAGGCCACAGAUGGAUCCCUCAAGUGGUGAUAAGGCAGUAUUGGUGGAAUAUGUUGUGUCCCUCCAGACCAGCAGUGAAGAGAUCAGCAGUGAGACACUGGACUUCAUUCAUCUUCAGUCCAACAUAGUAGAGGGCACCUUUAGUUACUCAGAGGGGCCCACUGUUCAAUACACCACUAUUGACCUCCACCCGGACAUCACUGAGUCUCUGCAUGUGGAAACCUCUCCAGAGGAAACCCAUCCUGCAGAUGAAUCUCUAGACCCUGACCGCAAGGAUGAUAUUUUAGCAGUAGAAAAACCAUCCGAGGUGCCUGGAGAGGUGGUGAAGGAGGUCUUUACUGUUGGUGACCUUUUGGAUUCUACAAUGUCAGAAGAGGAAGACUUUCAAGACAAGGACUUGGUGUCACAGUUUCCUCCCAACCAGACUCUUGCUGUGGAAGGUGAAGCUGUAGGUCCCUUUAUUGACGCCAAGCAAGACAUUGACUUGAAAAUGGAUGACUUUGAUCCCGCUUCUGGAUUUGGUGCAGAAGAUGAUUGGGUAACUGUUCUUACUAGGGCUCAAGAGCCAGUUGGAGAGACAGAGGGUGAGGAAGAGGUUUUAAUUGAUGUAGACACACCACAGAUAGAGGACUAUGAAUUCUACACAGUUACAACAGUGGUUGAAGAGGACCAGAUCUUGCCUGAGGAAACUCCUGAACUGAUUACUGUUAAAGCUGGAGAAGAUGGAAACCUACAGGUCGGUAGCAAUGUGCCCACAAUGCCACCAGUCAAAGUGGUUGAGGCAGAAUCUACCCUAAAACCUGAGGAAGACCUCAUACUACCUGAAGACAACAAGGAGGAAACUGUUUUAACAGAAACGCAGAAGGAUGGGGAAACUGAAGUUUCUUUGAUCACAAAGGAGGAAUCAGAAGAGGAAUGGAAAGAAUCUGUUGACAGUACCACAAUGGCACAGCAGAAUGAUUUUGUACUAACAGAUGUUUCAGCUAUACAGUUUUCAGAGGCAGUUCUAACAGAGGAUGAGAUCCUAUUGGUCACCAGUGAACCAGCAAGCCCAGUCUACCCAACACCUCUUUCACCUGAGAAAGAACCACCCUUCUCCCUCAACCCCUUGAUGACCCCAGCGGAGGUUGAGUUGGUGCAUACCUUAAAUUCAGAAGUCAUGACUACAUUUCUAGAUGUGAUCCAUUACAAAGAGGAAGAGGGUAGUGGCGUCCCUGGUGUCAUCCAGGGCGGUGAGGUUUCCAGCAUUGCCUUGCCAACUAACCCUGGGAGGUCUUUGAUAGUGUUUUUCAGUCUUCGUGUAACUAACAUGAUAUUCUCUGAGGAUCUGUUCAAUAAGAGCUCUGCAGAGUACAAAGCCUUGGAGCAGCGGUUCCUUGAACUGCUGGUGCCAUAUUUGCAAUCGAACCUCAGUCACUUUGAGAACCUGGAGAUCUUGAACUUCAGGAAUGGAAGCAUUGUGGUGAACAGCCGUAUGAAGUUUGGGAAGCCUGUUCCUCGUGGAGUCAUUACUGCUGUUUACCUCAUUCUAGAGGACUUCUGCAACACAGCUUACCAGACCAUGAACCUCGCUAUUGACAAAUAUUCAUUGGAUGUCGAAUCAGGUAAGACAAGAUCAGUCACUUUUGUCACUUUGGUCCUAAAGCAUGUAUAUUAUGUAUUAUGUACCUCAUCACAUGCCACCUUAAAGCUGUGGCUAAUCUAUGUGGGUAUGUUUGUUUUAGGGGAACAGGCAGACCCGUGCAAGUUUCAGGCAUGCAAUGAGUUUGCUGAGUGUACAGUGAACCAAUGGUCAGGUGAAGCUGAAUGUGUGUGUAAUGCUGGUUACUUCAGCAUGGACGGACUACCCUGCCAGAGCAUCUGUGACCUUCAACAUGACUUCUGCUUGAAUGAUGGGAAAUGCGAUGUCAUUCCAGGCCAAGGAGCCAUCUGCAGAUGCCGUGUUGGGGAAAAUUGGUGGUACAGGGGAGAACAUUGUGAAGAGUAUGUUUCUGAGCCACUCGUAGUUGGCAUUGCCAUAGCAUCUGUUGCCGGGUUCCUUCUGGUGGCGUCAGGAGUAAUCUUCUUCCUAGCAAGAACUCUGAGAGACCAGUAUGACAAGGAUGAAACGGAGGACCCAGUACGGAGAGAAGACAGCGGACCAUUUCUAGACAGGGCCACUAAGUAUAACCCCAUGUUUGAAAGCGAUUUAACUACAGGUUACAGCCAUUACUACCAGCGGUACCCCGGGCCCCUAGUCCACAGCAGUGCCAGUGCCGAGGCAUCCACAGAGUUCAGCAGCGAAGAGAUACGGCAUAUUUAUGAGAACAGUGAACUCACCAAGGAGGAUAUUCAAGAUCGCAUCCGCAUUCUUGAACUCUACACAAGAGAUCGUCAGUUUGCAGAUUUUUUGAAGCAGCAUCAAAUAGAGAUGGAUAAUCAAAGAGAAAGUUCCUCCAGUAGUCAAUAGCUGUCCAAUGUCCAAUAGUCUGCUGAGUGCAAAACAAUGAAGGAGGCUAAUAGGAGACAGCAGAAUCAUGAGACAAUGGCAUGUUCAAAGGCCUUCUAGACAAUUGACCCUGUGGUUAAAUAGAUUAAGUCUGAGAAAUGGGUAACAUGUGGUAUUACAUUAUAUUUUGAACAGCCACACUGUAGAGUCGCUGGGAAAGGAGAAAAAAAAAGUUCUCUCUCAACAACAGUUAUCUUCAAUGACUAAACAGUACUUUGUUUAGCAUAACAUUCUUGUCAAGGCACCUAUGUGUUUCAAAUUGCCA